AUGUUUUGGACACGAGUAUUGGGAUGUUUGUUAAUCAUGGCGAUAACAGUGGCGGAAAGCGCAAACGAUGAGGGUAAACAGAUGCACACGCAGAUGCUCUACUUUGUCGGAGGAGUGCUGGUGUUGUAAGUACAAGUUUUUAAUUCAGGCUCACUCACGGGUUACUGUAAUUUUUGACAAUUUUGUUUUUUGAAGGAGUACGGCAUAUUCUUUGAUGAAUUAUUAGGUUGUUUAAAUAAUUCUGUGCCCCCUCUCAAAGCAAGUUUUUAAGGUUAGAUGGCGCAUAAUUAUUUGAACAACCUAAUACUAUAUUUUAGGAUAUUGUUCUGUUGUCUGGUUGGAAGUGUGGUGAGCGGCGUAAUCUACAGGAAAAAACAAUUGGAAGAGGUAAGGAGAUCAAGCUUGUAUUACCUAUUUCUAACAUUUACUGAUGACCUUACUCUCUCUAGGGAUGAAAAACUGGCCGGCCUUGAACUAACUGUAAGGUUGGAACGGGCCGGAUUUAAAAUUUUUGUGCCCGGUCCAGACUGGUCUGAGAAAAAAUGAGAAUAGGCUGGGCUUUUAAUACCUCAUUCACAACUAAUACAGUGACCCACUCACAAUAAUGUCUUUUGCAGAUGAGACUACAAGCUGACUACGAAGCGCACAAGACCGAGAUCCGAAAAGUGAUAAAGCCAAAGGACUUCUUUGACGUGCCAGCCCAAAAACCACCCAGCAACGAAAUGUUCAGCGAGAAAUAG